AUUGUAAAGAAGAGCAAAAACCCGGAAAUUAUAAGAGAAGCGAGCAGCCAGGAAAGGGGAAGCGAUGGCCGCCGGCCGAUCCGUCGACAAAAUCUCCGAAGAACUCAAAUCGCUUUCACUCCGUGUCACCGCUGGAGGCAGCGGUAGAGGUGGAGGGAUUUUGCUGGAUGAGGACGAUGAGGCAGUCCGGUUUGCUAACGUGAGGAAGAAUGACUUCAAGCACUGGGAGAGGGUGAGGGGACGACUGAUCAACAUCCUGGACGGUCUUGAACUCCACACCGGCGUAUUCUCCGCCGCCGAGCAGCGGAGGAUCGUCGAUUGCGUCUAUGCUUUCCAGGAAAAGGGGCGGAAGGGCCGGCUUAGAGAGCGCACAUAUUCAGAUCCUAGAAAGUGGAUGCGAGGCAAAGGACGUGUCACGAUACAGUUUGGUUGUUGUUACAAUUAUGCAAUGGAGAGGAAUGGGAAUCCCCCUGGCAUAAUCCGCGAUGAGGAAGUCGAUCCUAUCCCACCAUUAUUGAAACAAAUGAUCAAGAGAAUGGUUGAUUGGAAUGUUCUCCUACCAUCAUGCAUCCCCAACAGCUGCAUUAUCAACAUUUAUGACAGGGAUGACUGCAUUCCUUCUCACAUUGAUCACCAUGACUUUGUUCGGCGAUUUUGCACGGUUUCUUUCUUGAGUGAAUGCUCCAUCGUUUUUGGAACGGAGUUGAAGAUAAAUGGACCAGGAGAUUUCUCAGGCUCUGCCUCCAUUCCUUUGCCUUUAGGGUCCGUACUUGUUUUGAAUGGAAAUGUUGUUUAUGUUGCUAAGCAUUGUGUUCCUGUUGUACCUACGCGAAGGAUUUCGAUUAUGUUUAGGAAGAUGGAUGACUCGAAGAUCCCAUAUGAUUUCAUUCCUGAUCCUGACCUGCAAAAUCUUCGCCCAUUGUCAUUACGAGGACAACAGCAUCCCAGCAUUCUUCCACUCCGGUAG